AAACAAAUUGUACAAUUUAUAAUAAUAAUAAUAACUUUAUUAGGAUGACCCAAAGGCUGACCGCCUAUCGAUAUAUCGUGGGGUCCGUCGCAUUGAAUUAUAAUAGUUGAAGAUUCAUUACUGUAGACUGUGUGGGUGGAGGGAGAUAAUUUUCAAAGAACUGAUCAACAGUUUGGAAAAGCUGUCAAAGGACCUUCCUAUGUGAAGCGAAAAAAGAAGAAAGUGAGAAGGGGAGAUAAAGGAACAAAAGAAGUGAAGUGAGUGCAUGUGUACAUGUAUCAAGAACAGUGGAAGAAAGCAAGUACUAGUGUGCCAAAGGGCAGAAUACAUACGGAUAUUCCUGCGGGAUUUGUUUGCAGAAAUCACGGGGCUACCGCUCUCGCAUGCACAUAGCCAUAGGAAGUCAAUUCCAAACGAGCAGACAGUGAAAUAACGUUUGCUCACUAGAGUGGGACCCGCCUUGUGUGCAGGAUCCACAUGUGUAAAAAGUAAAGCUGCAGUCUCGUGUCUGUGUGUAGCCCGACAACUUAUCGCCUCCAGGGCCAUCCUGGCAAUCCAGGGCACUGCACCCGAGAGUGCCACAAUCUGCAAAACAAAGCGUGCACCCAGUGCCAGCACUAGACGCUGCAGGCGCAGCUUCCUGACAGAAACAGGCAAUGCAGAGCAGUACGAGCAGUCUAAGUAGCCAGAGGGUAUCGUGAUUGGAACAAACAGUGCAAGGGCAUCGGAAGGUAUUUCAGGAGUGUACGGUCAGCCAUUAUACUUUUAUAGGUGCCAUUCCGGCCGGGGCUCUCCCCCGAAAACUUCAAAUUGUUUAGCCGUAAUCAGCGCACUUUAUUAAUCCAUGGGUGCAUGUGACAAGAAGUGGUACGUACAGUCGAUACCGUAGUGAUCGUAGCGUGCCCGACGCCAUUGCAGUGCAUGGGUCCCGCGGAUGCAUGCAUGGAGAUUGUACCAUCAGGGUAUCAGAGUUCGAUGUAGUGCAGGAUCGUUGGCCUCUCGACUUUAUGUUGGUGGCUUAGCAUGGAAGACAAGUGAGGGUAAGUUGUCCCCUAGGCUGGCAUGGAAGACAAGUGAGGCGGAGAUAAAACACUACUUCUCUACUUUCGGUGACGUCGUUGAUAUUCGGAUCAUCACCGACCGAGAGACGGGCUUCUCUCGCGGCUUUGGAUUCAUCACAUUUGAGUCGCGUGACAUUGCGGAGAGGUGCAAGAAAUGGUGCUCUUCACACAGCCCGAUGCUGGGAGAUCGUCCCAUACAUGUCGAAUAUGCAGAGAGGCACUCAGACAGGCAACAGAGACAUAAGCCCAGUGCAAGGGAGAACACCAGCAUGAGUGCCAGUACCAGUGCCAGCACAGCAGCAAGCAACCCGGCGGAUAGUCAACACAGCGACGCAGAUGGAGCUGGCAAGGGAUCUUCUAGUGCCGGCACAUGGCUCUCCGUUGACAAAUGCCACUGGCAAUUCAAGUGGAGCAAGUCGGCGGAGGACGUUCAUGGACCGUACCCAUCUGCACACAUCCAGGCAUGGGUGACUGCGAAAUACUUCACAGCAGAUGUUGUGGUGCGUCAGGUGGAUGCGUACGAGUACAACGACUUCGUGCGUCAAAACUCCACGGUCGGCCCGGAGGAUCUAUCCGGCGAGUUUGUGGCAAUAGGCGAGGUGGACCUUUCAAUGUUCCCGUGACACUGACAAUCCAGGAGAAAGACUGGCUACCAACGAGAAGUACUCUGGCAUCAUGUCGGGACCGGUGAUUGACAGUGUUGCCCGUCUUGAUCAGUAAGCAUUAACAGUGUGAACUAGAGGUGGACAAACACCGCCACUGUGCUGCUUGCUUUGCGGAAUGCAACCUGCCUGUGAUGAGUGUAUCCAGAAUGCAACCUGCCUGUGAUGAGUGUAUCCAGAAUGCAACCUGCCGGUGAUGAGUGUAUCCAGAAUGCAACCUGCCGGUGAUGAGUGUAUCCAGAAUGCAACCUGCCGGUGAUGAGUGUAUCCAGAAUGCAACCUGCCUGUGAUGAGUGUAUCCGUGAAAGUGCCUGUAUCUCACUACGCCAUCACUGCAACUUUCCGGCUGACUGGGGGCCGGGACAAGACUCACACUGGAUCAUACUCCAGUCAGCGCUACCAACCAGCAACGUGCUACUGACCUGUUUGCUUGUGUCUAGUGUGACACACAACGCACACAGCGUGGUAUUGUGUAUGACUGUUGGAACAGGGCACUGAGUUGCGGGCUGCCACUGCACGUUCUGCUGGUCAAGUCAUGUCACUGACGUUUUUGAUUCUUCACAUGUCCUGGGAUAUGCCUGGAAUCCAGCUGGCAAGGCUGGCCAUACCUGCUGGCGCUAACCUAUUUCAAAGCAUGUCUUUGACGCAGCAGAUGCAGCCCGAGUGCCAGCCGCAAAGAUGAGAGUAUCCCUCUGCGGUGACAGUGUUUCCACCAGUGUUUCCACCAUUGUCUACAAGCAUUCUGAUGUACACAGGAACGUGUGCGCUCCCACACGGGCAAGUUUCUUUUUCCUGCCGUUGGUUCCUCAGUUCAGAAAGCCAGCAGAGCCUGCGGAGACAGCGUAGCACUUGGGGCCUCAGUGUAGAAGUAUGCAUGGCCCCCGGUAUUUUGACUGUUUUCUGGCUGCCAAUGAGUGUGCUUUCAUCACCUCUGACGUUGUCUUAGUCCAGAUACUGAUAGUGUCACUGACAUCAGAGUGUCCAGUAGUGUCCAGUAGUGACCAUGGAAAGCAAUCAAAACAAGUCUGUUGUCAUGAUUACAUGUUAGCAAAUUCAAUUAUAUAACUUCAUUACUCGUAAGUUGUUCUUUAGUCUAGAGGCGGUGUGGCGUUCAUCAACACAUCAGCACAUCAUGUAACAGUUCAAUUAGGUCACAAUCUUUUUUCAAAAUUUAUCACAAUUAUUAUCAGAAACAGAACACAAGUUGUCUAGUCACUGUGAGCUUUGGUUUGAUUCAUAUCCAGUGGUGCGGGUGCAUUCAUGAAGAGUAUAGUUCUGCACAGCUCACACCUGCCAGGACACUACCACUGGCUAGCUAGCCAGCUAUCUUGGUAUGAUGGUCUGCACAGCUCACACCUGCCAGGACACUACCACUGGCUAGCUAGCCAGCUAUCUUGGUAUGAUGUUCUGCAUGCUCACACCUGCCAGGACACUACCACUGGCUAGCUAGCCAGCUAUCAGCUAUCUUGGUAUGAUGAUCUGCAUCACUACCACUGGCUAGCUAGCCAGCUAUCUUGGUAUGAUGUUCAGCUAUCUAGGUAUGGAUGCUGCAUGCUGGGCACAGGCUGCACGCGAGUCCGCGACACAAAUGGCACGUCGAUCUCAACUUCUUCCGUGCCAGUUUCAAAUUUGCCGUCCACCUCCUGCGAAGUCAGGUGCAGAACGGAGGAGUCCAGGGAUGGCAGCAGAUUCUGUUUCCCGUAAGCUCUGACACUGGCAAUCUUCUUUGGUGCUGGUUUCGCUGCAGGUCCUGGUUUUGCUGACGGCGCGGGGAAGAUGAGCUCCGACGUGUCAAUAUCGUCGCGGUAUGUUACCUGGAGGGCCGGUGGACUCAUGCGAAUUGCCUGGUAGCGUCGCUUCAUGGGAGAGAACUGUAUGGCAGAAGAACACGAAUCGCACUCUCUUUCUAUUUUGCAAGUUUUUUCCGCACAUGCUGCGACUGCACCUUACUUAGUCCACCCCACCCCCUCUCAAUCUUGCACAUGAGACAAGCUAGCCUGUAUACACAACAGCACUGUACUUGUUUCCACUCCCCCAACGGGAUACAUACGUCUGAUGACUCUUAUCAGAGUUCCACUACUGUAUCAGCGUAACAUGCUUUCGCCAGCCCCCUCAUGACACCUAUUUGUAACAAGUACAGUAGGUAUCGGUUAUAGCGUGGGUGUUUGAAAAACGACUUUCUAUUCUUAUUUCCGAUAUUUCUUACACACGAUAA